CUGGCAUACUGUGUAGUUCAAUUUUUAGAAAAGGACAGCACGCUUACAGAACCAGUUGUAAUGGCACUGCUGAAAUACUGGCCAAAGACUCACAGUCCAAAAGAAGUCAUGUUUUUAAAUGAACUAGAAGAAAUUUUAGAUGUUAUUGAACCAUCUGAAUUUGUAAAAGUUAUGGAGCCUCUUUUCAGACAGCUAGCCAAAUGUGUGUCUAGUCCACACUUUCAGGUUGCAGAGCGAGCAUUAUACUACUGGAAUAAUGAAUAUAUUAUGAGUUUAAUUAGUGAUAACGCAGCAAAGAUUUUACCCAUCAUGUUUCCAUCCUUGUACCGGAAUUCAAAGACGCAUUGGAACAAGACAAUACAUGGCUUGAUAUACAAUGCUCUGAAACUCUUCAUGGAGAUGAACCAAAAACUGUUCGAUGACUGCACACAGCAAUUUAAAGCAGAAAAACUGAAAGAGAAGCUAAAAUUGAAGGAACGGGAAGAAGCAUGGGUUAAAAUAGAAAAUCUAGCCAAAUCAAAUCCCCAGUACCCAACAUACAGUGACACGAGUUUGCUGAACAGUCCUGUUGCAAUGGAAACAGAUGGGCCUUUAAUUGAAGAUUUGCAGAUGCUGAAAAAGACAGUGAAAGAGGAGGCUUGUCAGGCACAGAAAGAUCAGAAAAAAGAUCGUCCUCUUGUGCGACGCAAGUCAGAACUGCCUCAGGAUAUCUAUACCAUGAAAGCCUUGGAAUCACAUUGCAGAGCUGAUGAAUUAAUAUCACAUGAUGGGCAUUAAAAUAUUGCAGUGAAAUAUUAUUUUGGAGGAAAAGUUGUUGUUUUUUUUUCUUCUGGACUCAGUUCUACAGUAGAACUUACUUUUUUGUGCCAUACCAAUCAGUUACACACAAAGUCAAAGCUUUCUUCAACCCAGUUCUGUAGGCAAUAACUUAGAGUAUGCAGCUCAAGAUUAGUAGUUCAAACAAUGGUAAAUUACCCUAUUCCAUAUGCAGAAUAUUGGGUUGACUAUAAUGAAGUGGACACAAUUUCUUGGAGGUGUUGUUAUAGUACCAGCUAGCUGAUAACAUGCAGUUUUUAUAGUCACAUUUGAGAAAAGCAUUCUAUACACUCU